AUGGGUGGUUAUUACCAAGAAAUGAAAUUUGAUCUACCAAACGAAACACAUGUAGAGUUUUGGGUGGUAGCAAGGUGUAUAUACAAUAGAAGAAGAAACUCCAUUAAUAAUAAUAGAAGAAGAAACUCUGUGACAGCUUCUACACAUGAUAAUGAUAAUGAGGUGGAGUUGGCAGUACUUAUAAGUGCAUCAUCAUCAGCUCCACCACCUGAUCAUGUAGGAGUGUACCCUUGUGUUCGUCAGAGGAUUCCUCAAACCACAUACAAGUCCUGCUCUACUUCUUUUUCGGUACAACCAUUCCACGAGGAGAUGUGUGCGUUAUGGCAGUACGACUUCAUGGAUGGAGAUUCUGUCUCUAUCAUACCUCAUUGCAGCCAUUCUUUUCACUCUUCCUGCAUCUCUUCCCACAUGGACUACAGUAAAGGUUGUCCUUGUUGCCGUUGUGUCAUCACCGUGGAUCUGGCCCCACUAGAACAUGAUGAUGAUGCCAAUUACCAACACUGCCCUGUGAUAGAAGAAUGA